AUGUGCGGCAAUGCCACGGAUGGGAUUUCACCAACCUGUUCGUCGAAUGAUAACAACGUAAAUUGUUGUGGAUCGAUAACAAUUUCCGAAUACGCCAAAAGAAGUACGUCAUUCUUGGUCAGUGUUCGGGACAAUGCUUUCAAUGCGGAGGGAGCAAAUGAAAAUGCCAAGGAUGUAACUCAAAAUCCAAACAUUAUUGCAGUUGACAAGCCAUACCACCACCAUCAGCACCACACAUACGUUGCCCAGAACUCUACAAAAAUUGUGCGUUUCAAACAAGUCGUUGCCGCCAAUUACGGCCAAAGCACCCAACACCACCACCACCAACAGCCGCAGCAGCAGCACAGCACGCAGCACUAUCCAACGCCAGCAACUGCAGCGCUGCAUUCCAACCACAAAGUGAACAACUUUGAGGCAAAAAUGCAUCUCACGACGACAACAAAUGGUGGAGGUGGGGCCAACAAUGCCAACAACACGGCCGCCUCCAAUACUGCGAACAGCAACAACAACAACAAUUCGAAUACACAGAAUAACAACAACGCGAGUUCGAAUAACACAAAUACCAACAACAGUUCGAAUGCAGCUCAACUGCUCAAUGAGGCCUACACAAAAAUGACUUCGGAUAUUUUGGCCGAACGUACAUUGGGCGAUUUUCUUACCGAACAUCCGGGUGAAUUGAUACGAACCAGUAGCCCGUUGUUUGUGUGUACCGUGCUGCCGCCGCACUGGCGUUCGAACAAGACAUUACCGGUGGCAUUUAAAGUUGUUUCGCUGGGCGAUAUUAUGGACGGGACAAUGGUGACGGUGCGAGCGGGCAACGAUGAGAACUACUGUGCAGAGCUGCGGAACUCAACGGCGGUAAUGAAGAAUCAGGUGGCCAAAUUUAACGAUUUACGUUUUGUGGGGCGAAGCGGUCGAGGGAAAAGUUUCACCUUAACCAUAACCGUUUCAACAAAUCCGCCACACAUUGCCACAUACAACAAGGCCAUUAAAGUGACUGUCGAUGGACCCCGAGAACCACGCUCCAAAACCAGACAACAGCAACAGUUCCAUUUUGCCUUUGGCCAAAGACCGUUUCAUUUCUCAACGGAUCCACUGUCUGGUUUUCGUAUGCCACCAAUAGGCAAUUGUCAAAGUGCCAGUAAUACACACUGGGGUUAUGGUUCGGCAACAGCAUAUUCACCCUACUUGGCCAGCAGCGGCUUGUCAUCGUGUACAACACCAACAUCGGCGCAGUUCAAUAAUCCAGCAUUGGGUUUCUCGUGUUCAUCGAAUGAACAGGCCAAUAAUCAAGAUUUCAGUGGUGCUUCUAACCGGGAUUGUGUGCCAAUGCUGCCCGAUUCAACAGCUUCCGACUUGGAUCAACAUCUCAGCAGCCUUGUGGGUUCUACAACUGGGCAGAUGACACAUCACAGUUUGCUGGGAUCGACGGGACAAACAGCCAUCUCAUCGACGGUCAAUGGGGCCGCCGGAGCUGUUGCCAACUCAAUUUUGGUACCACGUUAUCACAACUCGAACAACGAUUACAAUGUGCACUCCAGUCAAAAUGGUCCACGCAGUCUCAGUGAUUCGUCACAGGCCGAAUCGCCGGUACAGGAAGAUCUACUCUCUACAAAUACACCAAAUUUGGGUGGGGCAAAUGGCAAUGCGGCCACAAAUGGCGGUACGAACAGCAACUCCAAUGGCUCGGCCAAUAACUCCCUGGUCGGUUCUAAUCCCAAUUUUACUAAUCUCGUAAAUCAAAGUCAAAAUCCCGCUGGCUAUGGUGGCACGGCUGGGGCGGGAGUGGGUGUUGGUGGCGGCCAUGGUGGUGCUGCAGGAGCCGGCUGUAAUGGUUCCCUUUAUCCCGUUCUUCCGGCCAGCCUAUUGUAUUCUCAGCUAUAUACCGCUGCAAAUCAGUCACAUGGUUUCCACUCACAUUCCUUGCCCUCACACACAUCGCCCAAUUCAACGGUCCACGGUGAGCUGCAAAGUGUAAUGGAUCACAUUAGCAAUGUGGGAGUGAGACAGCAACACAACAUUAUGUCCGGCGGUGGGGUGACACAUCCCGGCGAUUUGACUUUGAUUGGCAAUUGCGGCGCCUCGGUGCGUAACAUCGAAGAUGGCAAUACUAAUCGCCAGUUGACAGCAUUGGCUGCCCAUCGUGGUCAUCAUAAUCCUGGCGAUAACGGUAGUGUUUGGCGGCCAUAUUGAGGUCAGGUGCUUUGGUGCGGCUCUGCUGUGCUAUAGUGUUACGAGAAUCCGCCAGAGGAGCAGCAUCAGGCAACGGGUGUGGCAACGGAGAGCAAGCACUGGUAAAAUGGAAGGUGUUUGGUUAUUGGGGGCAUGGGAGGGUGGUGAGGUCCUG